UAUUGAUUAUUAUAGGGGCAUCAAUGGCAGGAGCAAUCAACCCUACUGAUGCAUCAAAAAGGUAUGCAGUUGUUACAGGAGGAAACAAGGGGAUUGGGUUUGAAAUUUGCAGGCAGUUAGCUUGUGAUGGAGUCACGGUGAUUUUGACUGCAAGAAACGAACAAAAGGGGGCUGAAGCUGUGGAGAAACUCAGAGGUCUUGGGCUAUCUGAUAAUGUGCUCUUUCACCGCCUCGAUGUUACUGAUGCCUCCACUAUCUCUUCCCUUGUUAAUUUCGUGAACACCAACUUUGGGAGACUUGAUAUUUUGGUGAAUAAUGCUGGAAUUAUUGGACUUGUUGCGAAUGAAAGCGCUCUAAGAGCUUCAUUGGGACGUCUACUCAAUUUGAUGGGUGCUGUUUCUCAGAAUUAUGAGUUGAGUGCUGAAUGUAUUGAGAUAAAUUACUAUGGCUCAAAGAGAAUGACUGAGGCAUUUUUACCCCUCCUCCAACAAUCUAAAUCUCCAAGAAUAGUAAAUGUCACCUCUGGUUGGUCAAAAUUGGAGAAUAUACGUAAUAAGUGGGCCAAAGGAGUAUUGAACAACGUGGAAAGUCCAGCUGAAAAGGUGGAUGAAGUGGUGAAUAAAUUCCUAGAGGAUUUCAAAAAUGGUUCCUUAAAAGAAAAUGGAUGGCCUGCACACAUGUCAGCCUAUUUUGUCUCAAAGGCAGCCAUGAAUGCUUAUGCAAGAAUCACAGCACACAAGUACCCUUCCUUGCAGGUCAAUUGUGUGAACCCUGGCAAUGCUAAGACAGACCUAAAUUACAACACCGGAAAGAUUACGGCAAAAGAAGGAGCUCAGAAUAUUGUGAGAGUGGCUUUGCAACCUGAAGAUGGACCUUCCGGCGUAUUCUUUGAUUGCAAAAAAAUUGUAGCAUUUUAAUAAGACUUGGUUUCUCAAUUAUUGUGUUUUUUUUUUAAUUUUAAAGUUUUAAUAAAUAUCAAUAAAACGAAGAGAAACCAUCAUAAUAUGGCUAAUUUAUGUAUGUAUUUCUACAUUUAUGGCAUUACUAGCACAUAUUUGUGUGGAAUGUAUGCAGAAAUGGUUAUCCAA